AUGGGAUUCCAUUUAUUGCAUGACUAUCAAGAUGCUGUUCUUGAAUGUUUAGUUGCUCAUACUUGUCAUCAAUGUAUAAUAAUCCUUGAUUUUUGUAAUUUUAUUAGAGUGGAUCUAAAUAAUGGUACAAAAGGACUAUUUUAUUUUGAUGUUCGUUGGAGUAAGGUUUUAGAUACUGUAAAAGAAGGGCAUCAAGUAAUGGUUUUUGUUCAUUCUCGAAAAGACACAGUGAAAACUGCACAAUUGUUUCGUGAGUUUGCUACUUCACAAGGUUAUACAGAUUUGUUUGAUAAUACAUCUCAUCCUCAUCAUUCCUUUGUGUUAAAGGAAGUAAUGAAAUCAAAAAGCAAGGAGUUGAGAGAAUUGUUUGGUAUAAGUUUUGGAAUUCAUCAUGCUGGGAUGUUAAGAUCAGAUCGGUCAAUUACUGAGAAAUUAUUCCUUGAUGGUCAUAUCAAGGUUUUAUUUUGUACUGCAACUCUUGCUUGGGGUGUAAAUUUACCAGCUUAUACAGUAAUUAUUAAAGGAACUCAAGUUUAUGACUCAGCUAGAGGUGCAUUUGUUGAUUUACCAAUUUUGGAUGUCAUGCAAAUUUUUGGUAGAGCAGGUCGACCAAAUCUUGAAACUAUGGGUGUUGGUUAUAUUCUUACUACUACAGAUAAAAUUAGCCAUUACUUGUCCUCAUUGACAGAACAAUUCCCUAUAGAAUCAAGAUUUAUAAGUCAAAUUGAAGAUAAUCUGAAUGCUGAAAUCUCCUUAGGUACCGUGACAAAUAUUGAUGAAGGAGUACGAUGGUUAGGAUUUACUUAUCUUUUUGUAAGAAUGAAAAAAAAUCCGCUUGUUUAUGGAAUGAAUUAUGAGGAAGCUUUUGAGGAUCAAGAACUUGGUAAAAGACGUAGAGAUUUGAUUGAGAAUGCAGCCAAGGUUCUUCAACGGCAUGAGAUGAUAACAUAUCAUGAAGAGACUGGAUAUUUUUCUAUUAAUGAUGUUGGUCGUACUGCAUCAAACUUUUAUAUAAGUUACCAAACUAUUGAAAUUUUUAAUCAAAUUUUGAGAGAACGUAUGUCAGAGCAUGAAAUAAUAUCUUUAAUAUGUGAAAGUAAUGAAUUUAAAGAUUUAAAAUCAAGAGAAGAAGAAGCUCCAGAAUUAGAUAAAUUACUUUUAAGUGGCUUGCCUCAUCAAAUAAAGCAAACUCCAGACUCAACACUUGGAAAAGUUAAUAUUCUACUACAAUCAUAUAUGUCAAGAAUACCAAUUGAAAGUUUUUCUUUGAUAUCUGAUUCACAUUUUGUUGUCCAAAAUGCAAGUAGAAUUGUUCGAGCUUUAUUUGAAAUAGCACUCAAUAGAAAUUGGAGUCACGUUACAUCAAUUUUGUUGGAGUUAAGUAAAUGUAUCAAUAAGAAAAUGUGGACAGACGAAACACCUUUAUUGCAAUUUGGUUUACCACAAGACAUUAUAAGGAAAUUAGAAUCAAAUAAAUAUAGGCCAUCUAUAGAAAAAAUGAGAGAUAUGCAACCAAAAGAACUUGGUGAGUUAGUUCGAGAUCAUCGAAUGGGAACCAUUAUUGCAAAGUGUGUUGAUCAAUUUCCGAUUCUUAAGAUAGAUACACAUAUAGCACCAAUUACACGUAGUAUUUUAAGGAUUACAUUGAGCAUAACACCUGACUUUGUUUGGAAUGAUCGUAUUCAUGGUACAGUUGAACCAUGGUGGAUACUGGUCGAAGAUUCUGAAAAUGUAGAAUUAUAUCAUUCAGAGUAUUUUUUGUUAAGUAGAAAGCAAAAUGGUGAAACACAAAAGCUUGGUUUUAACAUUUUAGUUAAUGAACCACUACCUCCUCAGAUUUUUAUUAAAAUAGUUUCUGAUAGAUGGGUUGGUGCAAAAGUUAUACAUCCACUAACAUUAUCUAAUGUGAAAUUGCCACAAAAUAAUCAUAAGCAAACACCAUUAUUAAAUCUACCACCACUACCUGUAACAGAAUUAAAAAAUAAGGUCUUAGAGGAGAUCUGUUUAAAGAGGUUCUCGCACUUUAAUCCAGUACAGACUCAAGUUUUUAAUGUUCUUUACAAAACACCUAAUAAUGUGUUGAUAGGUGCACCAACUGGUUCAGGUAAAACAGUUACUGCUGAACUUGCGAUGAGAGCAUUUCAUGAAAUGCCAAAUUCCAAGGUAGUUUACAUAGCACCAUUAAAAGCACUUGUUCGCGAACGUGUUGAUGAUUGGCAGGCUAGAUUGACCAUACCGAUGAAGAGACGACUUGUGGAAUUAACUGGAGAUAUUACUCCAGAUUUGCAUUCUAUUGAAAAGUCGGAUAUAAUAAUUACAACUCCUGAAAAAUGGGAUGGUAUAAGUCGUAGUUGGAAAUAUCGAAGUUAUGUACAGGAUGUAUCUUUAAUUAUUAUUGAUGAAAUUCAUCUACUUGGUGGAGGCCGUGGUCCUAUAUUAGAGGUCAUUGUAUCACGCAUGAAUUAUAUAGGCUCCAAAACAGGCAAAAAAGUACGUAUUGUUGGAUUAUCUACAGCUUUAGCCAAUGCUCAAGAUCUAGCUGAUUGGUUAGAGAUCAAAGAAGAAGGACUUUUUAAUUUCAGUCAUCAAGUUCGUCCUGUUCCUUUAGAAAUUGAAAUUGUGGGAUUUUCAGGGAAACAUUAUUGUCCACGAAUGGCUACAAUGAACAAACCAGCUUUUCAAGCAAUAAUGACCCAUUCCCCAUCAAAACCUGUUAUAAUAUUUGUUUCAUCACGUCGUCAGACUCGAUUAACUGCACAAGAUCUUAUUGCUCACUGUUGUACAACUGAAAAACCGUACCAUUUUUUAAGAAUGCCAGAAGAAGAAAUACAAGCAAUCAUGUUAGAAGUUAAUGAUGAAAGUUUAAAAACGUCACUUGAGUUUGGUGUAGGUCUUCAUCAUGCUGGUUUAACUGAAGGUGACAGAAAAAUCGUUGAGGAACUUUUUCUUCAUCAAAAGAUUCAGGUGUUAGUUGCUACAAGCACAUUGGCUUGGGGUGUUAAUUUGCCAGCUCACUUGGUAAUAAUCAAAGGCACAGAAUUUUAUGAUGCAAAAUCAAAAGGUUAUGUAGAUUUCCCUAUAACAGAUGUGCUUCAAAUGAUGGGAAGAGCUGGUCGUCCACAAUUUGAUACAAGUGGUACUGCUUGCAUAUUUGUUCAAGAUUCAAAAAAGGAUUUCUAUAAAAAAUUUUUAUAUGAGCCAUUUCCAGUAGAAUCCAGUUUGCAUUUGCAACAUGAAGAUCAUUUUAAUGCUGAAAUAGUUUCUGGAUCAAUCAAAUGUUUGCAAGAUGCUAUAAUAUAUCUCAAAUGCACUUAUUUGUAUCGUAGAUUGCAACAAAAUCCUUCAUAUUAUAAUUUAUCUGGCGAUUCUUCUGUAGAAAUAGACACAUUUUUGUUUCAAUUAUUCAAAGAUGCUGUUGAUAAACUUAAGUCCACUUCUUUAGGCAAAAUCGCUUCACAAUAUUAUCUUUCACAUAAAACUAUAAAUAUUUUUCAUGAUAAAUUAAAAAACAAUUGUACUGUAAAAGAUAUUCUAAGUAUUUUGUGUAACUCUGAGGAGUAUUCGGAAUUACCAGUUAGACACAAUGAGGAUUUGCAAAACCAGGAAUUAGAAAAAGAACUUCCUUGGUCUGUUGAUGUUGAUCAUCAAUAUGAUAACCCGCAUGCAAAGGCUUUCCUUUUACUCCAAGCCCAUCUUGUCAGAACAAAAUUACCAAUGGCUGAUUAUUUGACAGAUACUCUAUCAGUUUUAGAUCAGGCAAUUAGGAUUCUACAGGCCAUGAUUACUUUUUGUGAAGGAAAAAAUUUUCUGGCAACUUGUCUAAAUGUUACAACAGUGAUUCAAUGUUUAAAACAAGCUUGUUGGCCUGAUUAUUCAUCAUUGUUAACUUUACCAGCAAUCACAAAAAAUAUGUUAAGUUCAAUAUUAAAUGAAAAGGGUCAUGUUAUAAAUUGUCUUGGUGAAUUGACAAACAUUUCUGAGGAUGUAGAAUAUUUGAUUGAAAAAUCCAAUGAUUCGAUAAUAGCAAAUGAAGAAUUUACUUUUAUAGUUUCCCUAAUAAGGACUAACAAUAAUUCGAAUUAUGAUGGAAAGGUCUAUGCGCCACACUUUCCAAAACAGCAGUAUGAGUCAUGGUAUUUAUUAAUAGGUGAACCUUCUACUGAUAAGAUUGUUUCUAUGAAAAGAAUAAACAAUAUGCGUAAUGAUGUUUCAGGAGAUAGACAUAAA